AUGUAUUUGGGGAGUCGAUCUUACCAAAACAGUCCAAAUCUCAAGACCGCACCGCAAACAUUGACAACAUCCCAAGACAACAUUCAAGAAAGCGACGACGACGCAAAGACAGCCACGCCACCGCCCUCUUCUUUGUGGCCUCUUUCAACCGUCCAGAGGUCUGACUGCUUGGUCUCGGUCUGGCUUGGUGCCGUCUCUUGCUACCCCACAAUCUGCCUCGUGUGCCCAAACAUCAGAUUCCCGUCCGUCGUUCCCUUGGGACCAAAGCACAGGUCUCUUGAAUAUCCCCUGCUGUUUGUUGUGCCUAUCUAUGGACUUUCGUCUACCUGUAGUACCGUGGCCCGUGGCACUGACGUCUUUCCUUCCCUCUCCCUUUCCUUUGGCUCUACCAAAUCCACCGACUCGCGAAGAACGCGAAUUACAGCGGCCCGCUACAGUUGGUUUUCCCCUCUCCUUGUUUACCUCGUCAUUCUGUCUCUGCAUCUUGAAGAAAAAGGAGAGACGAGACAUUCGACACGCGACAAGAGCCCACGUACGAUUGACGCCGCCCCCUUGGGAACUAAUCAACCCCCGGCCUCAAUCGCUUCUACCUCAGCUCGACGACAAGCCGUAUCCGUCGUCCCCCACCGCCUCUGUCCCUCUCCAGGUCGCUCGCCCUCAACUCCAGGAUCCCCUCUUCAACCAGCUGCCCGCUGCUCGCUGCCCGCUGCCCGAGCACCAAGGGAAAAAGAGACUUUCCAGUCCGAGAACUCAAUUUCCCGCCAACCGAACAUUUCUCUGCCUGACGACAAGAGGCAUCGGACCAGAGACGAACCACCACCGCGCCGACGCCGAACUACCGCUAAUCCCACUGCGCUGACGAACUUUCGGACCCCUUGCAACCCCGCGAUCCUCUCCUUUGCGACGGACGACAGCUCUCGACGGAUCAGCCUUCUGUUGUUGCGCGGCACCGCAAUCAUGGGCGAUCGCGAUAGGGAUAUCGAGGAGGGCAACGAGGCGCUUGAUCCCGAGCUGCUCUACACCAAGGAGUACUGCAUCGGUGGAGGAAGCUUUGGCAAGGUCUACAAGGGAGUCGACAAGCGCACCGGUCACGCCGUAGCCAUCAAGAUUAUUGAUAUCGAGAGUGCCGAGGACGAAGUCGAAGACAUUAUCCAGGAAAUCGCCAUCCUGUCCGAACUGCAGUCCCCCUAUGUUACGAAAUACUACGGCUCGUAUGCCAAGGGGGCGGAACUAUGGAUUGUCAUGGAGUUUUGUUCUGGCGGAAGCUGCGCAGACCUCAUGAAGCCAGGUCUGAUUGGCGAAGACUACAUUGCCAUCGUUAUUCGCGAGCUGCUACUCGGUCUCGAUUACUUGCACACGGAUAAGAAGCUGCACCGCGAUGUCAAAGCUGCCAAUGUACUACUCAGCUCCAACGGGCAGGUUAAACUCGCAGAUUUUGGCGUUUCGGGGCAGCUCUCGGCUACCAUGACGAAGAAGAAUACUUUUGUCGGCACACCUUUCUGGAUGGCCCCGGAGGUCAUCAAGCAGUCAGGGUACGAUCAUAAAGCUGACGUCUGGUCGCUUGGUAUCACGGCGCUGGAGCUUGCCAACGGCGAGCCACCGUAUGCUGAUAUCCACCCCAUGAAGGUGUUAUUUCUAAUCCCCAAGAACCCCCCACCACGGCUGGAAGGAAACUUUACAAAAGCAUUCAAAGAUUUCAUCGAGGUGUGUUUGCAGAGGGACCCCAAGGACCGACCUACGGCCAAGGACCUGCUCAAGCAUCCGUUUAUACGCCGCGCAAAGAAGACGAGCUACCUGACCGAGCUUAUCGAGCGCCACAGCCGGUGGGCUGCGACGCACAAGGGCGACGAUGACGAGAGUGACCAAGGGGGUGAAGAAUACUACGAGCGCCGGCAGGUCGACGAGGACAUGUGGGAUUUCGGCACAGUGAGGCUUGUAGGAGAUCGUGGCGGCGUUGUUCCUCGUCCCGGACUUGGUGCUCUGGACGAGUCUGCCACCAACGCCAGAGCUGCGAGAUCUACGGAAAGCAUAGAUGAUUACGGAGAGCGUUCGAGAGACAGCAGUCCGACCAAGAUUCGCGACUUUGGCCGAGACCUCGCCGUCGCCUCUGAUACCCUCAAGGCGGCCAGUGCCAACACGGGGACCUCUCGACAGGCAUCGCCGCAACGGAAACCAGUGCCGUCAGUUGCGCCUGCGCCGCAGUCGCCGGCCAAGGUGCCUCUUCCAAUGUCACCUGAGAAGUUGCAAAGAGGAGGAGGAGGGGGUCCAGAGACACCGCGACCCGUCUCUCGAUUGAUUCCUCCUGCCGUCCCGGUCAGUCAAUCUCCGGACUACGACCGAGAAUUACAGGUUCAGUUGCAGAAGGACAUGGGCUUGAUGAGUCUAGGCCCUGUAAUCCAGCCCGCCGACUUGCAACACCUCGAUGAUGCUACACCCCCGCGACCCCCUCUCCAUGGGCCUCGGCCAAACAACAAGUUUGCACCGAUUACUCUUCCAGAAAUCCCACCAUACCGCGGCAGCCCGCAGGCGCAACAAACGCCGGUCAGGAUACCGAGCCAAUCUCCGAAUGGGCAACAUCGCCAACCGUCUGGCCAGGCGGCGCCGCCUCCACCACCAAAGGCAUACGCGCUGCCCUCAAAGACGCAGACACCUACUCCUGAACCCGCGGCUCCUUCAUCCUUCCCCCCGCCAGCGCCGUCUAACCCCAACGGGGAGUUGGACGCCUUGAACGAUGUCAUUUUCCCUGCACUCGAGGAGGCGCUAAAGAGGAGACAAAUUAGGCUGCAACAGGCAUUCCGACCUCAACAGGGUUCGUCUAGCCUCGUGGCCAUGAACCAGGUGACCCCAAAGCAACAACGAGCGGAGGCGGCUCACGAGAAGCUGCGAAAGCUCGUAUAUAAGCUCGCUCAUGUGUGUAAAGAGAUUGACCACUAUGACAAGGCGGAGCCCGUGGGUAUGGGCAGGGACGUUGGCACCUUCCUGGAGGGGUUGUUGGAGGAAAUUCUCGUCAGGGUUGAACCCCUCGACGAGGAGGAUGUUGCGGCGGGUAAUGCUUGGUGGGGCACCCGACGAGCACAUGCUCGGAUGCUCGCGAGUCGUCGCCGGCUGACCGGCGAGGUGGGAUGGAAGAUGGGAACGAGCUGCCCCGUUGAUGACACGACAACACACGGGGUUCUGGAGGAUAUCUAUCGCCCCAAUGCGAAAACGAAGAGGCUUAUUACGUACGAUGCAAAGGGCUAA